CCCGACGCAGAGGGCCAGAUCGUCGCUGGCUACACGCUCGGCCCUGUCAUCGGCUAUGGCGGCUUCUCUGUCAUACGCAGCGCAUCCUCGCCCUCGGGCGGUACAGUCGCGAUCAAGAUCGUAAAACGCGCUGAUCUCGACAAGCGUGACAAUCCCGCUCACGCGCGCAAAGAGCUCGACCAUGAGGCUGCCGUGUGGUCCUCGCUCAGCCAUGAACACAUCUUGCCGCUGUUCAGCUCGGAACAUACGAGCUACGCGGACUUUUUCGUGAUGCUGCACUGCCCCGCCGGCUCGCUGUUCGAUAUUCUGAAGCGAGACGGGCGGCCUGCGCUGCCGCACGACGACGCGGGGACGAUGUUCCGCCAGGUCGUGCGGGGCGUGCGAUAUCUCCAUGAGACGGCCGGAUACGUCCACCGGGACAUCAAGCUCGAGAACGUGCUCGUCGACGAGAUGGGCGUGUGCCGCAUCGCCGACUUUGGAAUGGCGCGCCCGAUCGAAGGUUGCGACAACACCACAGAGUCCUCGGGGCUCUCUUCGUCCUCUGACGACAACGAGGGGCAACAGGGCCUGCAGCGUCACCGCUCCGCUAACGUGCAAAGCUCGAGGCGACAGACCAGGCUUGGUCUUCCUGUGCAUCUCUCUCUCAUUCGGCACCACGGCUCCCAGCAGUGCCGCCAGACGACGAUCGCCGAGGGCCCGGGCGCCGCUGCCGCUGCGGGCUAUGCGCACAAGGGCAACAAGCAGAAGAAGAAGCAGAAGCAGAACUAUCAGUCGGGCUCGCUGCCGUAUGCCGCGCCCGAGCUGCUGUCGCACCAGCUCGCGCAGAAGACGCGCCCGCACCCGGCGCAGGAUAUGUGGGCGCUGGGUGUGCUGCUGUAUGCGCUGUUGACGGGCCGGUUGCCGUUCAUGGACGCGUUCGAGCCGAGGCUGCAGAUGAAGAUUUUGCAUGGUGCGUUUGAGAUGCCGCAGGGUAUCGGGCGGGGCGCGGAGCGUGUGAUUCGCGGGUGCAUGGAUCCGAAUGUGCGCUCGAGGUGGACGAUCGCGAUGGUGGAUGAGAUGGCGUGGGGUGUGGGCUGGGGA